AUUUCUAUAUAAUUCGAGAAUUUCUAUAGUUAAAGCACAAUCUGAAAAAUGUCUUUGAAGAACUAUUUCCUAUUUGCCUUUGUGCUUUGCGGGGCGGCUCUUGCUGCAGAAAUAUCAAAGAGCGAUGGCCUUGAAGGUGCAUCGGGGGGAGACGCGGCUGGACGCGUCGUGGGUGGGACAGACGCACCAGAUAAGGCUUUGCCAUACCAAGUAUCUCUGCAGCGUACAGAUCAAAAUAACUUCCCCUUCUGUGGUGGCGCCAUCAUUGCUGACAGAUGGAUCCUCACUGCAGCACAUUGCCUCAAAAAUGUUCAAGCAAAGGACUUAAGCGUUUUGGCAGGAACAAACAACAAAAAGUCUUCCACGGAAGACCCCAAACCAGGGGACAAGUGUAAAUUAUCCGGAUGGGGAUUCACCACCGGUGAUUCUGGUGGAUCCUUGGCCUGCAACAACAAAUCUACUGGUAUCGUCUCGUGGAAUCUUCCGUGUGCUCGAGGACAACCUGAUGCCUACACCAGAACCAGCAAAUACGCCACUUGGAUAAAGGACAACAUGGAAGCUAAUAAGCCCUGA